AUCCAAAGAUGCAUACCAGGUCACUAUAUUUAAGUUAAGCAUUCAACCAUUCACUUGCUUUGUCAGAAAAUGGGCCCUAGACUGGAGCCCAUACAGGACAGGAAUGGGAGACAGAUGGAAAAUGGAUCCAAUGAGCUGAAACAGAGAGGUGUUUCCAUGGCAGCAGCCCACUCCACGGUGGCUCUGAUGGAGGAAGAGGCGUCAGAGGACCCCUGGGACCUACCAGAACUGAAGGACAGUGGGACGCCCUGGUCAGCCCUUAGUACUGGGGGGAAGAUGCUGAGGGUGCUGGUGUCAGUGGGGAAGCUGCUCCUGCUGCUGUGCUUCCUGUACAUGUUCAUCUGCUCCCUGGAUAUCCUCAGCUCUGCAUUCCAGCUGGUUGGAGGCAAGGCAGCAGGGGACAUCUUCCAGGACAACUCGGUGCUGGCAAACCCACUGGCCGGCCUGGUGAUCGGAGUGCUGGUCACCCUGCUGGUGCAGAGCUCCUCCACCUCCUCCUCCAUCGUGGUCAGCAUGGUCUCCUCCGGGUUGUUGACGGUCCAGCUGGCGGUGCCCAUCAUCAUGGGUACCAACAUCGGAACCUCCGUCACCAACACCUUGGUUGCCAUGACGCAGGCCGGCGACCGCAGCACGUUUCGCAGGGCGUUUGCUGGGGCCACGGUGCAUGACUUCUUCAACUGGCUGUCUGUGCUGGUGCUGCUGCCCCUGGAAGUUGCCACGGGUUACCUGUACAUCAUCACCAAACUCAUCAUAGACUCCUUCAACAUCCAGAGUGGAGAAGCCCCAGCCCUGCUGAACGUCAUCACGGACCCCCUCACAGAGGCCAUCAUACAGUUGGACCAGUCUGUCAUUAGUGGCAUAGCCACUGGAGAUCCGGAAGCAAGAAACAGGAGUCUCAUCAAGACCUGGUGCAAAACGUUCACAAACACAACGUUAAUGAACGUGACAGUUCCUGGUCCGGAGAACUGCACCUCUCCUUCUCUAUGCUGGGAAGACGGCAACCUUACCUACACUCUGAAGAACGUCUCUGAGACAUACAACAUUGAGAAAUGUAAGCACUUGUUUGCGGGCGUGGCCCUGUCCGACCUGGCCGUGGGGCUGAUCCUGCUGGCGCUGUCCCUGCUGGUGCUCUGCUCCUGCCUCAUCCUCAUCGUCAAGCUGCUCAACUCCAUGCUCAGGGGUCAGGUCGCCAUGGUGAUCAAGAAGAUCCUGAACACAGAUUUUCCAUUUCCCUUUGGCUGGGUGACUGGGUACAUUGCUAUCUUGGUGGGAGCGGGAAUGACCUUCAUUGUGCAGAGCAGCUCUGUCUUCACCUCCGCCAUCACCCCACUUGUUGGGAUUGGUGUCAUCAGCAUAGAGAGAGCCUAUCCACUGUCUCUGGGCGCCAACAUUGGCACCACCACCACCGCCAUACUGGCAGCCAUGGCCAGCCCUGGAGAGACGCUGGGCAACGCCUUACAGAUCGCCCUGGUCCACUUCCUGUUCAACAUCUCCGGCAUCAUCCUCUGGUACCCGAUCCCGUUCACCCGCAUCCCCAUCCGCCUGGCCAAAGGCCUGGGGAACAUCACCGCCUCCUACCGCUGGUUCGCCGGUGUCUACAUCCUCGCCUGCUUCUUCGUCCUGCCCCUUGGCAUCUUCGCCCUCUCCAUGGCCGGGUGGGAGGUGUUGGUGGGGGUGGGCGUCCCGCUGGUUGUCUUGCUGGUGGUCGUCACGGUGAUCAACGUGCUGCAGCGGCGGCGUCCCGGCUGGCUGCCCGCGCUGCUGCGUUCCUGGGACUUCCUGCCUCUCUGGGCGCACUCUUUGGAGCCCUGGGACAGGGUCGUUACCGUCCUCGCCGCCAAGUGCUGCUGCUGUUGCAAGUGCUGCCAGGUCGCCCCCGACGACCCUGAAGAGCUGGGGGAUGAGUGUUGCACGGAGCCGGAGGGGAAAACACAGGAGGCAGGGACGUAUGAUAACCCUGCGAUGAGCGAGGAGGAGGAGGAGGCGGAGCGCGUGAGGAAAAUGGAGCUGAAGAUUCUGAACUCAAGUCGUCUCUGAUUGGGCCUGGUUGAAUCUGGGCCUGGUUUAAUCAGGUCUGGUUUUAUCGGGUCUGGUUUAAUCAGGUCUGGUCUGUGCUUUUUUGAGCAUCUGUGGACAUAACUUCAGAGCCAACAUCAAACCUGUAUUGAACUUCAUUGAACUCUAACAACUCUGUGUGAAACCUCAAUAUAGAACUUCAAAUGUACACUGUAUAUUUGAUUGAAGUAAUUCAAUCUGAGGUGCCCUUGUAAACUGUCUUAAAAUUAUGUUUUUUGAUUUGAGUAAUAAAAUAGCAGAAAUGUUCAAACGGUAAUGGAACAGUUGCCACAAAAUGUUUCUGGAGUAGUCUGAAGCUUCAUGUGUCACAUGGUUUUCAGUGGUUUGUACUUAAUGUUCAUUACUGUGUAACUAAUACAUCCUCCGAAACAUCAUUUUAAGAUGUAACUUUGCAAAAAUCUUAAUCUAUUAUGAAGACAGUAAUUAUAUUCAAGGAAUAGAUGGCUUAAAAUUAAUGUUGAUUAUGUAUUUGAUUGUAAAUAUUUAAAGAGUUUAAAGUUGAAGAGAGUUUUUGUACAUAAUAAAAUCAUUGAAGCUA